CUCCUCUAUCCAACCAUAUCUCUUUUAACCCUGAAAGCGUGGGAUGGUAUACUAAAGCCGACCCAUUCUAGCUAAUAUUUUAUUAUUUGCAGCUGAGAUCUAUAAGUUGAUACUAAAAGUUUGACCAAUUAAGAAAUUUUUUUUGUGUUAUUAAAUCAUAUCUUUUCGCUUAAAAAAAUUUACUUUUUUUUCAAAUUAUUCAAUAAACAAAACCCACAGCAUUCAUUUUCAUUUUAAAAACAAUUAACUUAAACAGAAAAAGUCUCCGCUCAUCAACCAGCACACAAUAAUAUCAAGUAAUUAUAAAAAGUUUAAUAGCUGGUGCGGUAGCCUCGAAAUUUUAGAGCUUCUGCUAGACGUUUAGGCAUGGAAUUUACUAAUUUUCUCGUAUCUUGGGCUGACAUUUUACUCCCAUCGUCCAAUAUAACGGUCUUGAGCAUUACUUUGCUGGUAAUCGUAUGUGUGCGAAUUCUGCGCUCCAAUAAAGCGCAUAAAUGCUCAAUUGUAUUGAGGUCAGGUGAUUUUGGCGGUGAAUGUAGCUGUUUUGUAGCAUUGUAAAGAAGACAAAGACGAACAAGUUCCGCUGUAUGCUUAGGGUCAUUGUCCUGUUGGAAACAAAACACGUUUGGCAAUCCUAAUUUAUCAGCACUUUGCUUCAUGUGUCGUUUUAAAAUAUUUAGAUAAACAAAUUUAUUCAUUCUAUUUUCGAUAAACUCAAUGCCACCACCUCCACUUGCCGCCAUACACCCCCUCAAUUGAACUCCACCCCCACCAUGCUUUACGGUUGAAGUAAGAUUUCACCAUCUGUUUUCCUUUUUUUUCCAAACAUACUAUAUUUGGUCUUAUCCGACCAUAAAACUGAUUCCUAAAAAGAUAUAGGCUUGGUUAUAUGUUCAUUUGCGAAUGUAAUGCGCUUCAUACGGGUUUUUAAGGAAAUGAAUGGCUUUUUGCGUGCCACUCGUCCAUGAUAUCCAACCCUUUUUAAUAUUUUUCUUGCUGUGUCGCUGCAUUUUGUUUUUUUAAAUCAUAGUUUUUCAUCUUCUGCUAUUUGGGAAACGGUUAAACGUGGAUUAACUUUUACAAGAGAUGCAACUUUGCGUGUUUCCCGAUCAGUCGGACGUCCAAAUCGAGGCUUUGAAAUAAUAAUUCCCGUUUUUUUGAAAGUCUGGAUGACAUAUCGCACUAAUGACUCGGCUCUGUUGACAACUCGUCCAAUUUCACGAUAGUUUUUACCGUCCUUCUUAAUUUUAAUAUUAUUUUCCGCUCAUCAAUACUUAUUUCUUUGCCUUCUGCACUCAUUUCGAUUAAAGCUCAGUAAUUAGAAAAAUUUACUCACAAAUUGCAGAUUUUUCCUUCGAUUAUCUAAAUCUGUAUUAUUGACAACAACGCACACAAAAUUAUCAGGCCUUAAACGCGUAAAAACUACAAUAAACUAAUGUAAUAAGCAGUGAGCGGAUACUUUUUCUGCUUAUUCUCCAUUAAUAGAAUUCAAAAAAUGUCGCUAACUUUGCAAACGCACAUAAGAAUUCCAUGAAAUUUGGCUACUGAAAUGUGAACUUCAAAAACGCAUAUAUUUUAUUAAUAUUUUUAUUGAAACACAUUCCACGGAUUGGUGAGCGGAGACUUUUUCUACCUAGUGUAUGUAUUUUUAUGCACAUCCUUAAUAAUUCUCUACCGUUCAAUUUUGAAUUCAAAUUCUUAACACGCAUGCAACCUUACAUAUUAGCACAAGUUCUCAAAAUUGUCAUUUUGCCAACACUGUUGCAGACAGUAAUAAAUCCCGUUAGUUUGCAAAAGUGUUAUACGAAUACAAAUAUUAAUAAAGUGCGUCUGAAGAAGUGCAGUUGCGUAAUGAAAUUUUCAUAUAAAUUACGCUUAUUGAAAAUGAGCACAUGCUACACGUGUGAGAACUGUUGCAUCUGCGUGUACACAUAUACAUACAUAGUUAUAUGUAUUUACAUAUGUAGUACCCAUGUGUAGUGCCGUUGUAAAAACCAGUGCCAUUCAAACUCUGGUGCAUACUUGACAAAAAAAAUAUUGUGUGACCCAUGAACUUCUAAUGAGAAAAUUAUAAUGGAUUCCCAAAAUCAUAUGGAUACGUACAAUGAGAAUGCUGCAUUGAAUCCGCCUGCCAUAAAUAGGCCGGCAGAACCAUUCCAACCUUUUUUGCGACCGGAAAUCACAGGCCUCAAUCCGGAAGAUCCUUAUGCACAGUAUCUAAGAAACCAGGAAUCACUGCUUUUAAACGAUAUGAACGCUAAACAAUCAUUAGAUAUGUUAAAACAACAAACCAGCGCACUUGACGCAUUAGGUUAUCCCUGUAUUGGUGGUAAUAGUUAUCCGCCGAAUGACCACUUUGGACAGAAAAGAAAGAAAGACUCCGAAAACGAUGAAAUGGUAGAGGCAAAGAAAUUAAGUAGCAAUAACAUGUCUGCGGAAGAGAAAAAGACUGCAAACAUGCGUAAAAAUAUACGAGAUGUCUUCGAUGAAAAUCAAUUGGAUACGAAUACACUAGCAGCACAACGUGAAGAAACUGAACGUCUGGCACGUGUUGCUGAACAACAGAAAAUCAUACGUGAAACACAACGCCAGGCAGCGGUCAAUAGAAGUUUUGUGCGCACACAAAAUAAAGUACUCUCCCUUUUACAAAGUGGUACAACAUUUGCAAAGGUCACCAGUGAAACACCAUUCGAAGAAGUCGACACAACUUUAACAGAGUCUGAACAAAAUGAAAGUCCACAAGCCCUACCCAUUGUCAAUGAUGAAGAUAAGCUUACUAGUAAAGUGGAAACGGAAAGUGUUUCACAAAAAGACGUUAAACCAAUUUCGCCAACACCAAUUGAUGAUGAUGAUGAUGACAAUGUUAAGCCUGCAGAAGAACAAGUUAUCAGCGACGUGGUGACAAUAGAAGAUAGUUCCUCUGAGGACGAUUGCAUUAUGCUAUCUGACGAUGAAGAGGAGCUAGAUGAUGAAGAAGAGGUGGACGAUCCGAGCAAUAGCGGUCUACAUGUUAAAGAUGCUUACAAUGUGGCCGAUGAGCAAGGACGUGUUUUAGUUAAUAUCGGUCAUCCCGAGGGCGAAGAUGACAUAUUCGUAGCGCCACAAAUAGCACGCACUAUCAAACCACAUCAAAUUGGUGGUGUGCGUUUUCUUUUCGAUAACAUAAUUGAAUCAACGAAACGUUUUAAAAGUUCCAGCGGUUUCGGUUGUAUACUCUCGCAUUCAAUGGGUUUGGGAAAAACGCUACAAGUGAUUUGUUUCUGUGAUAUCUUCCUGCGGCAUACACCAUCCAAAACAGUGCUUUGUGUUAUGCCCAUCAAUACAUUGCAAAAUUGGGUGUCCGAAUUUAAUAUGUGGUUACCGAAAUACUCUGAUAAUCCCGAACAUAUACGUCCCAGACAAUUUGACGUUUUCAUACUCAACGAUCAGCAUAAAACACUAAGUGCACGUGCCAAAGUUAUACUUAAGUGGGCCGAAGAAGGUGGUGUGCUGCUCAUAGGCUAUGAAUUGUUUCGAUUGCUGGCAUUAAAAUUGAUGUCGACACGUAAACGUCGCAGCAAUAAAGCGGGAAAUUGUGAACGCAGUGGCACAGAAAUGAAUAGACGUUUAAUGGAGAGUGUACAUCAGGCAUUAGUCAAACCCGGUCCGGAUUUGGUUAUAUGUGAUGAAGGUCAUCGCAUUAAGAAUGCACAUGCCGGCAUAUCACUUGCACUGAAACAGAUACGCACACGCCGUAGAAUUGUAUUAACCGGCUAUCCAUUACAAAAUAAUCUGCUAGAAUAUUGGUGUAUGGUGGACUUUGUGCGUCCCAAUUAUCUAGGCACACGCAAUGAGUUUUGCAAUAUGUUUGAACGACCCAUACAAAAUGGCCAAUGUAUUGACUCAACGCCGGAGGAUCACAAAUUGAUGCGCUAUCGAGCGCAUGUGUUACAUUCGCUGCUUUUGGGCUUUGUGCAACGGCGUUCACAUGUUGUGCUACAACAAACACUACCUAAAAAAUUAGAAUAUGUCGUACUAACGCGUAUGACAACGUUUCAACGGCAACUUUACGAUACAUUCAUGAAUGAUAUAGUGCGUACCAAAUCUGUUCCUAAUCCCUUAAAAGCCUUUGCUGUGUGUUGUAAAAUAUGGAAUCAUCCUGAUGUUUUAUAUAGUUUCUUGAAAAGAAAAGAAAUUGACUUGGAAUUAGAAAUGGAGGAAACCGAGGUUAUUGGCGAGCCAACAACAACAACUACAACAACAACUGUUGUUACACCGUUAUGUGCAGUUGAAAAAGCCACGUCGCUGGAAGAUAAGCCAACAAACGAAGGCGUUGUUAAUGAACCAAUUUGUCAAGAUGGCAAGCCCAAAGAAGAUCUUUGCUCCGAGGCCAAUUCGCCGGCAUCAGAGUGCAAGCAGGUGGAUCAACAAUCGCCAGCAGAUAUGACACAGCGUGAGGGGCAGGCUUUGGUGGCGAACAAACCGAACACGGAGUUUUCCAAUUUGAUGAAGAGCUCAAUGCUAUCGGAUCACUAUAAUCAACAGCAGAACGAUGUACCCUCUUAUUUGGGGGGGAAUGGCAAUAAUUAUUGGCAAGAGUCCAACGUAAAUUAUUUCAAUUAUCAAACGGUCAGCGAUAAUAUUGAAUCAUUAUCGAAGCCGAACUAUGUUGGUAUGGUGCCACAGCGUGCCGAAGAAACUCCAAACGAGGCCACUGAGGGAGCAGGGUCUUCACAAAUCGUCGAUUUGGAUACGAAGGAAAUAAAAACCGUUGAAACCGACAUAGAUAUGACACUCUGCCCGGUAAUUAAAAAUGAGACACCCGGCGAAAAUGCUGUUUUAGCAAAUGCAAAUGGUGAGGGUGCAACAACAGCCGGCAAUACAGAGGCCUUGAUCGAGGAUAUCAAAAUGUUAACCAGUACGAAUUCUAUAGGCAAUGAAAAAGAUGUUGGCAAGGUGAAACCAGACGAUACAACGCUGCAUGAAUGGGCCAUAGACCUGAUGAAGAAAUACCGACCGGGUCUGUUGGAAAAUUCGCCUAAAAUGGAAAUACUCUUUUGUAUACUAAACGAAAGUGUCAAACUUGGCGACAGAGUGCUUUUGUUUAGUCAGAGUCUAUUAACGUUAAACUUAAUAGAGACAUUUUUGCAAAUGACACGUAUGCCGGAUUCGGAUAUGUGCUGGGGGCGUGGCGUUUCGUACUUUCGUCUGGACGGUUCUACUACAUCGCAAGAACGUGAACGGCUCGUAAAUGAAUUUAAUUCCAAUACAAAUGUAAAAUUGUUCUUGAUUUCAACUAGAGCUGGCUCGCUAGGUAUAAAUCUUGUCGGCGCGAAUCGUGUUAUAGUUUUUGAUGCCAGUUGGAAUCCCUGUCAUGAUACACAAGCAGUAUAUAGAAUUUACCGUUAUGGCCAAAGAAAGCCAUGCUUCGUUUAUAGAAUUGUAAUGGAUAAGUGUUUAGAAAAGAAAAUAUACGAUAGACAAAUUAAGAAACAAGGCAUGUCCGAUCGAGUAGUCGAUGAGUGUAAUCCCGAUGCACAUCUCUCGAUAAGAGACAUCACCAAUCUCUGUCAUGAUUAUGAUGAUGAUGAUAAGAGUCAGUCAGAGAUACCGGAAUUCACUACACCGCUCGAUUCAUUCGAGGAUGUUUUAAUACGGAAAAUUGUGGAACAGCAUAAAGGCGGCUUAUCCAAGGAGCCAUUCUUCCACGAAAGCUUGUUGAUCGACAGAAAGGAGAAGAAACUGUCACAGGCUGAGAAAAGGCAAGCACACCGUGGCUAUGAAAUGGAGAAGAAGGCGAGUGUUAAACAAAACUUUAGUGUGCCCAUUAAGAAUCAGUAUCGCAUUGUGCGUAACGACGGCAGUAUUGUGACGCGUCCUGUUGCGUCGAUACGACCAAUGCAAACAACUAAAACAACAACGGCGACCAAAAGUGGUGGUAUACGUACCACCCGCUGGAUACCAGCUGAGGUAUGGCAACGGCAAGGCAUGACGGCACAAGAAAUGACGUUGCCUUUGGACGUUGUUAUACCCACACAUUCGAAUGACAAAUCGAAUAUAAUUUUAAAGUCGGGACAGCGAGUCAUGGUUUUGAAGUCCGCAAAAGGCAUUUAUAUGCAAUUGGAGAGUGGCAAAAUUAUUGCAAUUCGAACGUCCAGCAAGGCGGCAGAAGUGAAUAAGACGGACAAGGAUGAGGUGAUUGAUAUCACAAAUGAAGGUGAUACAGCUGAGAAGAAAGGGGAAGAGGGCAAAACUGAAAUUGCGAAUCAAAAAGAAAGCGACAGCAAAGCAAAAGGAUCUCAAAACACUGAAACGACUGAAAAAUCGGCCGGUUAUGACAAAAGUACUAAUAACAAUACAAAAAAGUUGGUGGAAACUAACUUAACUAAAGGCAAGGAAUUCGUACAGCCAAAUCAGUAUAAAGCGGAUAUGCAUUUGCAAAAGGAUGAUAUCAAUAGCAAAUUUGACAGUUUGAAAAAGUCUGAACAGAAAACGAGUCAACAAAAUAUUGAGAAAGUCUACGCAACACAUACAAAUGAUAGUACCACCAAACAGGAGUUUCCCAAUACAGUGAGGAGUGCCCAAAAAGUGCUGGCAUCGAAAGCGCCACAGCAAGUCGACGACGCUUUAGCUUUAAAAAAGCACGAGAGCAGCCAUCAGCAGCAGCAACAACAACAACUACUACUAACUCAACAUCAUGAGCAGGAAAAGGAGAAGAAGGAUUCUAUGUAUCCUUUAAAGCAUGGCCUUGAUAAGAAUAACCCACCACAGAACACACUCUUAAAUCAGCAGCAAAAAUGUCUACCACAAUAUAAUAAUAAGCCAUUGGUGGAUCCUGCACCAUAUCCUUACAAGCAAAUAGGUAAUUAUCCAUUUUGUGGUCUGCCACCACCCGAUCUUUCGAAAUAUGCGAAUCAAAGAGGUGACAUGAUGACAACACCGACUGAGUCUUUUCAGACCUGUAAUUACAAUAAACGAAAACUACAAAAAGAGUUGCCAAUACCAACCGAUUAUACGCCUUCACCCACAUCCUCAUCAUCAUCAGCUUCAGCCGCAUCAACAGCAUCAUCAUCAUCGUCCACAUCACAGAAUCAAAGCUUAAAACAUAGUCAUUUAAAUGCAGCUGCUGCUGCUACGGCCCAUCAAUCACCAUACUCGCAAUCGCCCUAUUCAUCAUUAUUCCAUCAGCAGCAGCAACCAAAACUACACCUGUACGGAUCAAAUUAUAAUUUAGACAAUGAACAUUAUAGUAAUUUAGCCCAAACUUCACAUAGUUCACAAAAUUUGAAUCAAAAUCAUAGUCUUAUUGGUGACACAUUUGGUGCCGUACAAGAGAAUAGCACAAGCCUUAUGCAUACCGGUGGCAGUCAAAAUGUGUCAGCGCCGUGUGAUUAUUCCACACAUUUUCCCGACUAUGCCGCCUAUAGUUCGUACAACCAUCCGCAUUAUUUUCCACAUUUUGCCAAUUCAUAUGGCAAUGGUUCAUCAGCACCGAUUGGCACCAAUCCCUAUCACCAAAUGCAUUGGUCACCCUUAAUAGCGCCAACUUCAAUAAAUGAGCAAUGUAAUCCUGUACACUCGUCCGUUUAUCCUCAAAAUGGUGCGCAACAUAAUCAAUGGCAUCACAAAUUAUAAAUAUUGUAGUUAUUUAAGUAAAAAAUAUCACCAUUCAGCCACAAAAAGGUUUUAAAUUAAUUAAUUUAAUUGCAUGGUAUUAUCGUAAAUUUGAAAUA